UCAGGCUUGCCCUUCGACCCACACACCCGGCUGUGGGCCUCACACAAACCUGCAGAUCCCACCUGCUCCUCCAGGUCAGGACUUUGCUUGUUUCUUUUCAGUGUGGGGUCAGCCCAGGACGUGGCCCUCACUAAUGAAAGCAGUCUGUUUGAGUAACAUCCUGGUCUAAGUCCUAUGCUCUGAAGAGGGGUGAGCGGCCCUGCUCUGACUCUUUGUUCCUGACUGUUUCUCUUUCAGUUUCUCUUCCACUGUUCUCUUCUGAAAGAGGCUCUCACCCAGGGAAAACCCACUCUUCCUUUCUCCUGUGGGAUCAGAACAGCCAGGACCUUCCUCCUAGGCAGACAUCAGCUAGCCUUUGAGCUGGGAAGACAAGAAGAGGAAGGUGACAAUCUUAGUGGAGAUCAGAACCUGGGGACAAGGCUCCGGCCCUGAACCUUGACGUGCUAUGGACGUCCGGAAGAGUCUGUGUGACAUAGCUGUGGAAGAGGAGACCAGAGAUGGGAGUGAGGAGAUCGGAGCCCAGGCUGAGUUGAUCCGAAUCCCGGCUGAGGUGACCAGAGGCCAGACUGAGUUGAUCCGACCCCGGGCUAAGUUGACUCGAGCCAAGCCUAGACAUGAGCAGAUUCAAGCCCAGGCUGAGUUUAUCCGAGACCCCGCUGUGUUGAACCGAGUCCUGGCUGAGUUUGUCCGAGCUCAGGCUGAGUGGACCCGAACUCAGGCCGAGCUGACCGGGGCUCAGGCUGACUUGACCCAAUACCAGGGUGGAGAUGAGUGGAUUCAAGCCCAGGCUGAGUUUGUCCGAGUUCAGGCUGAGAUUGUCCGAGCUCGGGCUGAUAUUGUCCGAGCUCAGGCUGAGCUGACCCAAUACCAGGGUGGAGAUGAGCAGAUUCAAGCCCAGGCUGAGUUGAUCCGUGCCCAGGCUGAGUUGAUCCGUGCCAAGGCUGAAUUGACCAGAGCCCAAGCGAAGAAGGGAGAUGUGAUAGAGGAGGGCGAAGCUAAGAAUCAGAACCAAAUCCAGACUGAAGAGAGUCAAGCCAAGGACAAGGAGAAUCAGGACAAACAGAAUAGACACCGUCGGUCCAAACCCAGAAAAAGGGUUGGGAAAAAAAUCCUGGAUUUUUUAGAGUUAGUGAAAAAAAUUAUGAUAGCCUUGCUUGAGAUAUUAGUAAUACUCAAGGCACUACAACCAUAUUUUUCCACUCCUUUUGAUUCCUGCAAUGAAACCCAAUAGGUGUAGGUAACAGUGCCGAGUCUGCCCUUUCCUAAGGCCUUGCACAGAAUGUUCUCAAGACCCUUUUAUUUAGUCUAUAGUCCACACCGACCCUCAGGCCCUCUGUGUCACAUUCCCCUGUAUGUCCAUCCUGUUGCUCUUGUCCUGUGCCCCUUAAUAAAAGCCCUUUAAGCCGGGCGGUGGUGGCGCACGCCUUUGAUCCCAGCACUCGGGAGGCAGAGGCAGGCGGAUCUCUGUGAGUUCGAGGCCAGCCUGGACUACCAAGUGAGUCCCAGGAAAGGCGCAAAGCUAUACAGAGAAACCCUGUCUCGAAAAAAAAAAAAAAAAAAAAAAAAAAAAGCCCUUUAAACGGAAUCGGGUAUUUGUCUGGAAUCUUCUUUGACAGGCAGGCAUUAGAUCUAUGUGGGAACCCAGUACAAGGUUCCACCUUUGGAAGGUUGUGUCAUCCCUAUUGUGUGUGCCCUGGGACACUGGUCACUCUGCAGUACUGGGUUUGUGGUCAACUCUUGAUGGAGGCUUCAUUCCGGCACACAGUGAGUGUUCAGCGGUCUUUGGUUCUGGGCCAGCACAUGUAGACGCUUAGGGACUUCAGUCAGCCUGUCCAUGUCUGUGUCACAGGACAUAGAAGACAGGCUGGCUUUGCUUUGUUUGUUUGUUGUGAGAUUGUAUCUACCUUACACUGGCUUCAAAUUCUGGGGCUCAAGUCAUCCCCCUGUCUCAGACUCCAGAUUAAUUCAACUGCAGGUGUACACAUGCCAUUGCUUAUUUCUUAAAAUCCCUGCAUGGAACAGAAGGCACAGGGCCGUUAAAGAUUUAGACAUCAGGAAGGAGAAAGUGGGGGUUAGGACACCCGGGGACUCUGAGGCAUCAAAUGAUGGCUGACACCAGACACCUGGAAACCCCCAGAGUAAAGAGUGAUGUAAUUAAUAUGCAGAUACCACAUUUUUGUGAAUUUUGUAUAACUAUGUCCUUAAAAUCCAAGGCCUGUGCCUACGCCCUGUUGCCUUUGCCUGUGUGUGGCCCGUGUUUCAGUAAAUAAAGUCCGUCUCAUCUACCUA